CUAAACCCACAACAGUAAAAUCAGUCUGUAUAUGCAGUAAAGCAUGCUUGUUAUACUCACUGUGGAACCUAAGAGGUUAAUCCUCUGUAUUGUGUAAAAGGAAAGUUUGAUCCUGUCUUCUCUGAUCUUCCCCUCCUUCCAUAACACAGCCUCGGGGACACUCUGCACAUGCUGAGUUUGGUGUGUACUGCUAGCGAUUUUUCUUUUUCUUGGGAGGGUGCAUGUGAUCGGCACAGGGCCAAUCAGCACUAUCUAGACACAGAGGGUAAAGGGUUAUGCAAUCUCAUAGGGCAG